UAACCACUCAUCCACACAGGACCACACACUUUACAUUACGAUAUCAAAGCCAUUGUUUCCUACCAAACACUAUGGCUAAAGUUUCCCAUCUUUUGCUGCUAUUCGCUAUCUCAUUAUACCUUGCUACCACAGCCAAGUCUGCAUCCUCUGCCCAUGGUUAUGAUACUAGUUUCAUCAAGUCCUCAUGUAGUUCUACUACCUAUCCAGCAGUGUGUGUCAAAACUCUCUCAGCCUAUGCCUCAGCAAUUCAACAAAGCCCACGCCAAUUGGCCCAUACUGCCUUGUCUGUGAGCCUAUCCAAGUGUCAAUCUACAAAGACAUUUGUGUCAAAAAUGACAAAAAUGAAGGGCUUGAAGUCUAGGGAAUAUGAAGCUGUUAAAGAUUGCUUGGAAGAGAUGGGUGAUACUGUGGACCGUCUUAGCAAGUCCAUCCAUGAGCUCAAGCACAUUGGUCAAGCCAAGGGUCAGGACUUUCUGUGGCACAUGAGCAAUGUUGAGACUUGGGUUAGUGCAGCACUAACCGAUGAGAACACUUGCCUUGAUGGGUUUUCUGGCAAGGCCUUGGAUGGUAAAGUCAAGGCUUCAAUUAAGGCACAAGUUGUAAAUGUUGCACAAGUCACUAGUAAUGCACUAGCACUAGUUAAUAGCUAUGCCUCAAAGCACUAAGCCACUUCCAAAGGUUAAAGUUUUUGUAGAAGUCUUGGUAUGUCAUUUUGGUUUGGUUUGGUUUGGUUACUUAUGAAUUAUGAUGUAUAUUAUUUGAGUGAGUGUUUUUGUAUGUUUAUAA